AUGAAUUACCCUGCUCUGAAAAUAGAUAAAAAUAACCAACCAGAAUACAAAACUAAUCCUCUGCUGCCAAUUUCCUCAGUUGGAACUGAUUAUACUACUGCUGACCAAACCCAUUUGCCAGUUGGUUCGGCUUUAAUGACUGAUACCUUGGAUGGUUCUGGUAAUGGCACUAGUAUAUUAAACAGCAAAGGAAUAACCCAUAUUAUUCAUGCUGCUCCCAAUCCACGGAGUAGUUUUACCUCCGACCAACACUUUAUUAAUUGCGUAGUAAAAUCAGUUCAAAAUUCUAUUAUUUUAGCCGACCGGAUAGAGGAAGGAAGCAAUAAAUUAGCAAUUUGUUUGGUUGGAGGGGGAAUUUUUCGUGGCACUCGUGGUUCUGAACGCUAUUUUUUAAAAAAAAUCAAAGAAUUAGAAAAUGAAUUAUUUACCACUAAAACUAGUACGAUUGGCAACAUCAGUUUUUUAGGAGAGACAAAAGGUAUUGCGAAGGGGGUAGAAGUAAAGGUAGGAGAAAUUUACGAUAAAAGUAUUCAUGAUGCUAAUUUCAUUGUUAAUGCCGCUAAUACCGAAGUCAAAUUCGGAAGAGGAAUUUCCGGUGAUAUUAAAAGUAGAGUCGGAAAUAGUGAUAAGAUAGACCGAAAAGCCAGAGAGUUAAUCGGUGAAUUUUAUUCUAAAAUUGAUAAAAAAGGCGGUGGUGGGAAUAAUGAUAAAAAAAUUACUUUUCAGGCCGUUUAUACUGGACCAGAUGUUGAUACUUCAACCCAAAAAUUUCUUCCGUUUAAAAUUACUAUAAAAGAAACGGACAAGGGCAAGAAAUUAUUUAGAGAGAAUGAUUUUGUCGAAAUCGAGGAAAUUAAAACCAAGAAACCGAUUCCGGAUAAAGGUCCCCCAAUUCCUACCCCUCCCGAUACUAAAACUGCCUCCGAAUGGCAAGCGGAACUAAAAGCGGUUGAUAAUGAUAUGGAACAAAUUUUUACCGAGGAUAAAGCAAGCAGUAGUUUAGGAGAAUUUUUUGCCAAAAAUAACCCUCCCGCAGUAAUAGAAACCAUUAAAAGGUUUGAAUAUGAUAAUUCCAGUAAUAGUGAAAAAGAAACUAGGAACAAAAAAAUGAGAAAGUAUUACGGCUUAGAAAAAAACGUUCCUCUGACCGAUGAGCAAAUUAAUGAAUUUUGCUAUAAAGUAGGCAUUGGAGAAAUAAUUGAGAGUGCAAUUAACGAAAACGAAGAACAAAUUCCUAAUAAUACUAAAAAUCCCGAAAGUAAUAUUCUGAAAAUAGUGGGUAUUGGGGCUCUGAUUUUAAUUCCGCUCGGAGAUACCCUUUUACUACCCAAAACUAACUUUCCACUAAAAAAUACUAACCAUUUUGAAAGCGAAAAAAAAACCAGAGAAUUUUGGGAGGAAAAAAAGAUUUAUCAGCAAGCAUUAGCAAACAAUAAAAAUAACCAACCUUUUAUUUUACAUUCCGGUCCUCCUUAUGCCAACGGCAAACUUCAUAUCGGACACGUAUUAAAUUUUCUAAUUAAAGAUAUUAUUGUUCGUUUUCAGGCUUCCAUGGGUUAUUAUACUCCCUUUCUACUUGGUUGGGAUGCUCAUGGUUUACCAACUGAACUUAAAGCACUACAAGUCUACAAAAAUCAAGCCACAAUAAAUCUGCGACAAUUUUGUCAUAAUUUCGCCUUAGAGCAGGUUCAAUUACAAAAAGAGCAGUUAAAAAAAAUAGGAUUAUUUACUGACUAUGAUAAGCACUAUAUUACCUUGGAUAAAAAAUAUGAAGCCGAACAAAUUCGAAUUUUUGGAGAAAUGGUGAAAAAAAAUUUAAUUUACCGAGGAUUUAGACCUAUUCACUGGUCUUGUAGCCAUGAAACAGCCUUAGCCGAAGCCGAAAUAGAGUAUUAUGAAAAAAAAGAUACUUCACUUUAUUUUAAAAUUAAGUUGGUGGAAAGUUUUGGGGGCAAAGAAAAUGUUAGAAGUGAAAAGUUAAAAGUAGAGAAAAUAUUGGUCGGGGAAAAAUUGUUAGGAUUAAAUUAUUUUCACCCCUAUCGAAAGGAUAUUAAAGGUUAUAUUGUCGACGGAAGCGAUUUUAUUGAGGAAGGAGAAGGAACCGGUAUCGUUCACUUGGCUCCGGCUUUUGGAGCCGAAGAUUUUAUGGUUGCUAAACGGGAAAAAUUAAUGAUUGAAUGUCCGCUCGAACCGAAUGGUUUGUUUAAUGAAAAAAUAAAAGUUUCGGAAUUAGUUGGCAAGAAUUACCAAGAAGUUAAUAAAUAUGUUAUCGCGGAUUUAGAAAAAAGGAAUUUAAUAGUAAAAAAAGCAGAAAUUAUCCAUAGUUAUCCCCAUGAUUGA